GACGUCAGCCUUUACUGCGUUAAAGAGGCUCCGUGCAGCUACGUGGCUUUUCUUGUGGAGGAAGACAGCGAGAAAUCUGAAGUCGGAGGAGAGGUUUUCAUUGUUAACACAGCCCAUUAAGAUCAGCCGCCAUGGAUCAGGUGAUGCAGUUUGUGGAGCCCAGCCGCCAGUUUGUGAAGGACUCGAUCCGACUGGUGAAGAGAUGCACCAAACCAGACAGGAAAGAGUUCCAGAAGAUUGCCAUGGCAACGGCGAUUGGUUUUGCGAUCAUGGGGUUCAUUGGGUUCUUUGUUAAACUGAUCCACAUCCCCAUCAACAACAUCAUUGUUGGUGGUUGAGUCUUUGAUCUGAUGACUGGCUGGCAGGGGACAGAGGAUUGAAGACCUUCAGUGGGGGUGGUGGGGCGGUGUGGUGCGUCACUUUUACAUUCACUGUAUAUUUGUAUUUGGCUGUGUUAAUAAAUGAAAACCCAAA